AUGACCAUUUUGCUAAUAAAAGAUUGCUUGUUCUUGGCGGUAACAAUCUUUCAUGCUUGGGUACAUUUCAUCGGGUUUUAUUCAUAUUCAACACGGGAACAAAUUUGUCGUGCUGCAUUUCUGCGUGCCAGAAAUGCAUUUACUGCAGAAGAACAUGCUAUUCAAGAAAAUGCUAGACUUACGGAUUUGUUGCAAACUGCAGUACCAACACAUUUAGUACAUACAGCACGUCAACAAUUUGCCAAAUCUCCGCCAACGAUAUACACGGAACAUUAUAAUCAGACUAGUGUUGUAUAUUGUCGGCUGGUUGGUUUGGAAGAUAUUUUGUCGUGUUGUAGUGCGCAAGAUUCGGCACAAUUGUUGAAUGAAUUCAACUCUCGAAUUGAUCAAAUUAUCAAAAAAUGUGGUUGCAUUCGUUUGCAAUCAGAUGGUAUUCUGGUAAUCUCAGGUAUCCCGGCAGCACGAGAUGAUCAUCUUAAGAAUGCAAUUAAUUUUGCUUGUGAUUUGCAAGCACUUGUAAGAAGUUUUUGCGAUGCAACAAUUGUCGAUUUGCAAUUACGUUGCGGAAUUGAAUGUGGUUCCGUAUCGUGUGGAAUAUUUGGUUUAACGAAAUGGCAUUAUGAUGCGAUUGGUUAUCCAAUCGAAGAAGCUAUUAAUAUUGAACGUAUCGCUCCAGAAAGUGGAAUAUAUAUAGCCGAAGCAGCAAAACGUCAAGCUGAAUGUAAUUUUCAAUUUGAAAAAUGUGGACAACUAUGGCGUAUAACAACUGAUCAACAUUAUUAUUAUGGUGCUAGCAGUUUACCGUCAUCAAUGCUAUUUCCGAAUUUGAAACGAUUUUCAUUAAUCACUGUACCACAAGCAAUUAACAGAUUAUUACAAACAAUAUCAUCAGCUAAUGAUACUUUGAUAAAAAAUAGUGCUACAAUGGGUGGACGUCGGAAAAAACGUAUGGAUAAAUUAGCAUUAAUGAAUGGGAAAAAGAAUACUGAUAAAGAUAAUACUGGCAGAAGUGUGAUACACAAUUGGUUCCUAAACUUUCGAAGUCAACAAAUGGAAAAAGCGUAUCAGGUACAAUUUGAUCAAUGGUUUGUGCCAGCAUUAGCUAUCAGUAUAUUUUUCCUCGUUAUUUAUGGCAUUUAUCAUGUUUUGGUUUUACCAAGGCAAAUUUCAACGCUUAUCAUGAUUAUAAUAUCAUUGGCUAUCAUUUUUAUGAUAUUACUGACACUUUAUGCAAAUUUCUUCCAGAAUUUUUGCCAAUUUAUCACACGUACAGCUAUCGGUCAUACAAUCAUUAUUUUAUUGAUUAUAUCACUAUUAUUUAUAUGUGGCAUUGUUAAUACAUUCUCCUGUCCACAACAUUCAAAUUUAACACCAAUAGAUGAAUGCGGUAUUGUACAUUUUUCGCAGCUUAAUUGUGCUUUUUGGAUGCUUGCGACAUCUGUCUUCAUACGUUUCUCAUCAUUGGUACUAUUUGGCGCUUUGAUAAUUGCAUUUGCUAUAUAUUCUUGUCAUACAUUUAUCACUCAUCCGAUGCUUUACGUCAAUUACGCGCAAUUUGUUACGUGA